AUGUCUUCAGAGAAGCCGGUGUUUUGCUCGGUAGACGAGUUCGUCGCUAUACCGUUCGACUUUGUCAUUGCGGGUGGAGGUACUGCUGGCCUGGUGCUCGCCGCCCGUCUCUCGGAGGAUGCUGCGUUUCGUGUCGGAGUCCUUGAAGCUGGCGACAACAAGUUAGAUGAUCCACUGAUCACUAUCCCUACCCUUUACAUGCAGGGAGCGAACAAGCCGGACUAUGACUGGGUUUUGAAGAGCGUCCCUCAGAAACAUGCCAACAACCUUGAAUAUUCGCUGCCUCGAGGAAAAAUGCUGGGUGGCACCAGUGGUCUCAACCAGUCCCUCUGGAUGAGGGGGACGCGCGCUGACUAUGAUGAGUUGGCGACAUUUGCUGGCUCAGACGAGUGGUCUUGGGAUAAUCUGCUACCGUAUUUUCAGAAACAUGAGCGGUUGGACACGCAAGACGCUCCUCUCUACCCUUCUGAAACGCACGGGACGAAUGGAGUGAUUCACACUAGCAGCAAUCGGUCCCAAAUACCCAUCGAAAAAGACCUUCUCGAGACCUGUAGAGAGGUUGCAGGAUUCGACGUGACGUCCGAUGAUCCGACUGCUGCAAAUCGAGACAACUUUUUCAACGCUCUGUCGACGGUGGAUCGCUCUGAUCGUCCCGGCACGCGCAGCUAUGCAGCCUCAGCAUACAUUCUGCCCAACCUUGGACGAUCAAAUCUCAAUAUUCUCACCGGGGCCACCGUGGACAGCGUUAGAUUUGACAGCUCCAAGAACGAUCCAACAGCUGAUGGAGUGCAUUUCUGGCAUGGCGGAAAACGGUACACCGCGAAUGCGAACAGGGAGGUCAUCAUCUGCGCUGGGACCUACAAAACCCCUCAAAUUCUCGAGCUCUCCGGGAUUGGAGAUCCACAGGUAGUGCAAGCCGCCGGGGUAGACUGUAUCGUCGCGAACAAGCUCGUCGGUGCAAACAUGCAAGAUCACCAUGCCACUGCUGUUUCCUUCGAGUUGGCCCCCGGAGGAUUCUCCAUCGAUGCCUUUGUCAACCCGGAAGUCGUCCAGCCUUUCAUGGAGCUGUAUCAGAAGACCGGCACGGGGCCACUGGCAAAUCCUCCCUCGGGUAUGGGAUACCUCAGCUACGCGGCGCUGGUGGGCCCUGAAGAACUGCAAGCCACGAUUGACGCCGUGAGAUCGACUCAGGGGAUUGAGACGCCGCUCAGCGAGGCGCAACAGCGACGGGUGAUCCAGAAACUCCAGGACCCCAAGGCGGCCGCGAUCCAAUUGCUCUUCAUCCCGGCGUACAUCAACACGGAAAAGGGCCUUGCGGACCAAUCCCAAUUCCUCACGCCGCCCGCCAACAGCGACACCAACCACGUCAGCUUCGUCGUCGCGUUCCAAUACGCGCUCAGCCGGGGCAGCGUGCACAUCACGAGUAGCGACGCGCAAGUCCAGCCGGCGAUCGACAACGCCUUCCUCGCACACCCGGUCGACAUGGCCGUGCUGCGCUCGGCGCUGCCAUUUCUGAACGCCGUGUCGCUGGCGCCGCGGAUCAGACCGCAACUGCACCCUCGGUACUCGUUCGCGGCGCAAGUCGGGCUGGGCGACAGGGACGCCGAAGAGGCCCUUCUCCGCCGCAACGUUGGCACCGAGCACCACCCGAUCGGCACCGCGGCCAUGGGCGACGUCGUUGACGCGCAGCUGAGGGUCCUGGGGGUCAACCGCCUGCGUGUCGUCGACGCGAGCGUCCUGCCCGUGCAUAUCUCUGGAAAUCCCAUGGCUACCAUCUACGCAAUCGCGGAGAAGGCGUCGGACAUGGUCAAAGCGGCGCAUGCGCCGAAUUAA